GGCGGGGCUAAUCCUGUUGUUGUUGCUGUAGAAACGAUCGCGGCAGUAAUGGCCGCUCACUGAAACCCUUCACGGAUACUCUACAGCAGAUACGGUUUGAUUUCCUCAGCGAUUCACAGCAUCUGAAGACUCAGUUUCAGAAUGAAUUUGUCCAUGGUUCAUCAGAAUGCCAGCAGGUCAAAGUGAUGUGAGAGCUAAGACGAAAGCUCGCUUCGAUGAGGUGUUGAAAAAAUACACAAACACUCCAGCACAGAAAACCAAAACCAAGCAAAUCCCUGAAAUCCAAGAAAGUAUUGUGCUUCAGACCUUGAAGAAAAACCUAGAUUUAAGCAAAGACACCGAAGAUACAGUAACAGUCCUCCAUAACACAUACGAUCCAUCUCAGGGCAGUCCCAGAUUCACCAAAAACAGACGCAGAGAACGGGAGGUAUCAGAAAAGACCAACGUAAUCCAUAAUGCCAGCGAGGAGGAGCCCAAGUCGCUCGACAGGAAAAAGAAAAGCAUAAGGAAACUUCCACCACUGCUAGCGGCUGUUAAAGACAGAGAGGAGGACGACAGGAGAGCACGAGCGGACAUUAUAACUGAAACACAUGCAGGACAGGGCCGAAAGGCAAGAAAAGGGAAGAGUAGAGGAGGAAGUGAUGUCAAUGGACAGAAAGCAGAGACAGAGACUGAAGACGAUUAUUUACAGGAGUACCAGCAUCAAAUCUUGAAGGCGGAGGAGAAAGACUCGGUGAAAACCGAGAGAAGGAAGCUCAGAGAGAGUCGGGAGGUACCGCUGUUGAACAAUGAACUGGAAAAAAAGAAGAAAAAGAAGUUGAAGUCAAGCAAACAUGAAGGGGAUACAAGUCGAACUGAAUUGUUGGUGGAUAACCAGACAGAGAGUGUCCAGGAUGAUGUUGUGGAGGAGUUUGAAGAGGACACGGUUAAGCCUAAAUUGAAAAAGAAAAAGAAACAAAAAGAAGCUGCAGUGAAUGUCGAGGAGGGACAGAUAGAAGAGAAGCCGGCGUUCGAUGACAAUCUCGUGCUGGGAGUUUCUAUCCACAGGACAGACAAACUGAGGACAGACCUGCUGGUGUCUCAUCCUAUGGUCAAAGUUCAUGUGAUUGAUGAGGUCACAGGCCAGUAUGUGAAGAAGGAGGACAGCCAUCGUCAUGUUUCAUCAUUUUAUGAACAAGAGAACAUUGAGCACGUCCUGCCCAUCAUAACUCAACCCUUCGACUUUAAGAAACACCAAACGACAGUUCCAGAAUGGGAAGAGCAGAUCAUCUUCAACGAACGCUUCGGUUAUUUCCUGCAGGAUAAUGAUGAAGCUCCACGAGUAUUGCUGUUUUUUGAGAUUCUGGAUUUCAUCAGUAUGGAAGAAGCAAGAAUGAACGUCUCUGCUGACUGUCACGAACGGGGAUUUCGAAAGAUUGCCUGGGCUUUUUUGAAGCUUGUAGGAACCAACGGUGUUUUGAACAUCAACACCAAACUGCGUCUACAGCUGUACUGUCCACCUGCCCGAGCAAAGAAACUGCCACAGACUGUCGAAAUGUUUCAUUGGUGGUCAAAGUUUCCAAGACACAAAUAUUCCUCUACUCUGUACGUCACAGUGAAAGGCAUCAAACCUCCUGAACACGUGGACCCCAGUAUUCGCUCCAUGAUGGCUCUGCAGCAGGAAAGGGGCAGCACCUCCUAUAGUGAGCUCCAGAACGAGACCAUCAAUAAAACCGGCAUGCAGCUGCUGGAGACCAAGUCAGAAACCAUCAAGUGGAGUCGCUUGCCUGGACAGGUGUGUCGCAUCCCCAACAAGCCAAUGCACUCAUUUCGGGAAGGUCAGAUGGGCUGUUUUACACUGCGCUUCUCUCAUGAUGGACGGGCGCUGGCGGCAGCGUGUGCAGAUAGAGACGUGUUCCCUAUCGUGAUAUAUGAGAUUCCAUCCGGAAAAGUUUUAACGUCGUUUAAUGGCCACCUCAGUGUAAUAUAUGAUCUCUGCUGGUCCAGAGAUGACCGAGGACUGUUAACAGCAUCUUCUGAUGGAACUGUAAGAGUGUGGAAAAUCGAACACCGGCAGACACUUGCUCAUAAAACUCUGCCUCACCCCUCAUUCGUCUACUGCGCUCGGUAUCACCCAACGGCCCAGAAUCUAGUUGUGACCGGAGGUUAUGAUGGACUUCUGAGGGUUUGGGACGUGGACGUACAGGAUGCGAAUGGGCAACUUCUGCAGGAGUUUGAUGGACAUAAGACUUUCAUAAACACACUGUGUUUUGACACAGAAGGAAGCAGAAUGUUUUCUGCUGAUAAUUCUGGAAUCAUUAUCAUUUGGGGAACAAAGGUUGUGGCUGGAUCUCGACGUGGUGCCACCCGUCAGUGGAGCAUAGAGAGGGAAAUCAAAGAAGCUGAUUUGCAAGGAGUUUCCAUUAACUCAUUAGAGUUACAUCCGAAUGGAAGGCGACUUCUAAUUCAUGCCAAAGACAGCGUAUUAAGAGUCAUGGAUUUGAGAAUUCUUGCAGUGAAAAAGUACAUAGGUGCCACAAACUACAGAGAUCGGAUCAACAGCACGUUCACACCCUGCGGGAGCUUCAUCUUUUCAGGAAGUGAAGACGGACUGGCUUACGUGUGGAAUUCAGAGACAGGUGAUCAGGUGGCCGUGUAUUCUGAGCUUUGCUACUCCUCCGCUCUUCGGGCCGUAGCGUUUCACCCUCACGAGAACAUGGUUGCGUUUUGUGCAUUCGGCCAAAACCAGCCAAUCCACAUCUAUGUGUAUGACAGAAAGGUGGCUCAGACAGAGGUGGAGAGUUUGAGAGGGCUGAAUCAGACUGAUGCGAAGAUGAUGGGCCAGACUUCAUCAGAGGUCACAACCUUACAGAACCUGACCGCCACAGGAAUGGACCGCUUUGCCAGCACUGCACGCGUGUCCCUCAAGAUGCAGCGGGUCAAACAAAAACUGGACUCCGUUCUGGAACCCCAUCGUAGUUCUCCUGGUGUGGAUAUGUAUGAACAAGGUGGUGCGUCUUACCUAGGAAGGAGUUUUGAAGGCAUGACAUCAUAUCUUCCUCCUCCGUCUCUUCUGUCCCCUCAUUCCAAAGUACAGAUGUCAUCAUCACUCAGUGCUCACCUCGCACUCACUUCAAUAAACAGUGGUUAUGGUCCUGCUGGGCAUCCCAUUGGAAGAACUCCAUCCCUCAAACACCAGAAAAGUUUGCUGGAUCAUGAGUUUUCUCAGCAAGUAGAGACAGACUUUGGACAAAACCACCAGACGGUGGUGUCUUUGUACGAGUACAGAGCCAACAGAUCUGAUGAGCUAUCCAUACGUCGCGGUGAUGUCAUCCAUGUUCUGUAUAAAGAUAACGACAGCUGGUGGUUUGGACGCCUGGUAAAUGGACAAGAAGGAUAUUUCCCAGCAUCCUAUGUGGCUGAUGAAGGGAGUUUUGAUGAGGAGCUGUCGAGUGGUUUGGAUGCUCAACCUUCAAUGUUGGAGCAAUCUGAACCUGAAAUCCAUCGUGCAACACCAGUCAAGCUGUCUGCAGCCAUGAGUGCAUCUGGAGAACUUAAGAUCAUCUCAGAGAUGGACACGGACCCGGAGGCUUCCUCCACUAAAACAAGAAAGAAGAAGAAAAAGAAGGCAAAGCAUAUUGAAGAUCUUCCUCCGGCUCUCUCAUCAGAUCAUGAGAUGCCAUCAACAUCCUCCAGAAGGAGAAGAGCUCUCCCUAAUCCAGACCAAACAAACCAUGAGGACGAAGUGAUGGAUUUCACACGGACUUUACCUCCAUUACAGAGGAAAUGAAACACAAUAAAGUGUGUCAAGUGUACAUUUGUCUAUUUUAAUUGGCCUUUUGCAGAAUAUAAAUUUUGUAAUUAUAACUGAUAUUUGUAAUAUGUAGUUUUACAGCUUUUUUUACUGUAAUAUACAAAUGUUAUAUUUUAUUUAAAUGUGUAUUUGUUUUUAUUAACAGCUAAUUCAAUAUCAACAAGAACUGUAAGACUUAAAUGAACAUUUUGCACCUGUCACCAAAGGAAAUAAAUUCAGUAUCACUUUUAU